AUGGAGGAUCCAAACAAAAUUAAGGAAAAGGAUGAGAAAGCAAAAGAAGAAGUACGAUAUAGGGGAGUGAGGAGAAGGCCAUGGGGAAAAUACGCAUCUGAAAUUCGAGACCCUACAAGGCAAGGUGCACGUUUAUGGCUUGGGACAUUUGACACUGCAGAGGAAGCUGCUCGAGCCUACGAUCGAGCGGCCUUUAAUCUCAGAGGUCAUAUGGCAAUCUUGAACUUCCCCUGUGAGUACUAUGCUCAACUUAUGCGGGGAUCAUCAUCAUCUCCAUCUCCAUCCCCAUAUCUAUAUCCUUAUCCUUCUUCUGGUAAUGUCCAUAAGAGCUUUGACAAAGGAAGUUCAUCCUCCGUUGGACAAGAAAAGCAGGUUUUCGAGUUCGAGUAUUUGGAUGACAAGGUGUUGGAGGAGCUUCUUGAAACUGAAGACGAGAAGAUUAAGAAGAAAAUGAUGAGAGACUGA